CUUCAACCAAACGGUUCGCAAACUUCAAUAAAAUUUUAAUAAUGAAAUAAUAUUAAGCGACUAAACGGAUUUUUCAAAUAUUUAUUUUGAAAUCCGUUGAAACGUCCCAAAAAAAAAUUCAAAAUAUUUUAGUUGAAACCCCAAUGCCUGAAGCUUUAACAUUACCCGGUAUGGCUGACGCAGAGCCGGACUUAUCUACUUUUGAAAAUAAAACUGGACUGGCGGAGGAUAUGAAAUUUCUGGCCUCUAUGCCAGAGUUGUGUGAUGUAACAUUUUUGGUGGGUGACACACGAGAGCCAGUAUGUGCGGUGAAGGCCGUUUUAGCUUCCCGUUCAAGGGUCUUUGCCAAAAUGCUUUAUGCUGCUCCCUCGCCGCAAAGAAAACGCGAAACCUCAACCAAGGAAAAUAAGUUGCGUUUAUUCCUUAAACGUUCCUCGGAGCCUUUAUUGAAUUUACAAAAUGCUGCUCAACAGAGAAGUGGUUUUACCCAACAAUUAUCUCCGAUACCUGAGCCUGCGGGUCAACAACAUCAAACCUUGAUUAUAGAAGAAUUUGAACCGGAUGUUUUCCGUCAACUAAUCGAAUACAUACAUACAGGAUGUGUAACCCUACAGCCCCGAACUUUGUUGGGAGUUAUGAAUGCUGCCGAUUAUUAUGGUUUGGAGGAACUGAGACGGGCCUGUGGUGGUUUUGUCCAGUGUUGUAUUAAUGUGGAUACGGUUUGCGCUUUAUUGUCCUCGGCCGAACGUUAUAUCCAGUACAAAUGUACUAAAAGUUUGGUUCAGAAAGUUUUGGAAUUUGUCGAUGAACAUGGCAAUGAAGUUUUGAAUUUGGGUAGUUUUACUCUAUUGCCUCAACAUGUGGUUAGAUUGAUUUUGGCCCGUGAAGAACUAAGAGCCGAUGAGUUUACCAAGUUUCAGGCAGCUUUAAUGUGGAGCAAGAAAUAUAAUGAUAAUAAUCCGAAUAUCGAUAUGAAAGAGAUUUUGGGUAAUUUCCUGGAAUAUAUACAAUUCCAUAAAAUACCCGCCAAUGUUUUGAUGCGUGAAAUACAUCCUUUGGGUUUGGUGCCCUAUUCCAUUAUAAUGAAUGCUUUGGCCUACCAGGCAGACCCAGAAAGUAUCGACCCCGGAAAAUUGUCUCCCAACUCUAGUCGAACACAUGGACGUCACAAACACAAUCAAUCCCUGCCAAAAAUACGCAAAGCUAAAUCGCAAAGUUUUCGCACACGCCGCAGUCCCAGCGAUCGCCGCAGUCCCAUAAAUCCUCAGGGACCUUUGACUUUGAAUGCCAUGCUGACGACCAACGAUAAGGGGCUUAGUCCUCAUACACCCAAAAGUCCCAUAUUGCCGCAUCCUGAAUCGAAAAGUCCGGGUAGUGUGUCACAGAAAACGCCCACCACUUUAUCCAGACAGGGCACUUUAAGGGCUUCACACAAACGCAAAAGCAGCAUGACCGGUUCUUUAUCCUUGGCCCAGGGUAGAAAAAGUCCGGUGGGUUUUAAUAAUGAUCGCAGUCCUCAGGGACGGCGCAGUCCUCUACUUGUAGCCAAUGAUCGUUUAAAAUCACCCAAUGAAUUGCCUUUGCAUUUGGGUUUUGGUUCAACCACACCUACCGCCAGAUCACCUACAGGAGAUAGACGCAGUCCCACCUUCAGCAUACACACCCAGGAAAGACGCUCUCCAGUGGGAAGUGCUGCUCCUUUGGAUUUUUCUCAGAUGUCACGCAGAAGUCCUACUUCUACGGUGCAUGUACAAGAUGCUCAUGGUAGAUCCACCUGUGAUGCGGCCACAGAACCAGAUGAUGCUCGCACUCCCACCAGCUACAAGAGACCUUCUAUCAAUCUUUUCACACCAAUUUAUUUCAGUGGCGAUAAACGCAGUCCCAUAGGUCCCAUACCGCCCAUAACGGUUUCCAAUCCAGCCGAAACCUAUCGCAUGGCCGAAAGCAGCAAUAUGGAAAAAUCUCUAGAAAACCAAAAGCUCUUGGAGCAACGUGAACGGGAGGAGCAGGAAAAAGCUGAAGCAAAGUCCGGCGCCGAUGCCAAAGAUCAACAGCAGCAACCGGAAAAGAAGAGCGUAAUGCGUGAGAUUUUGGCUUUUGUGCGCAAACCCUCAAAACACAUAUCGACGCGCACGAAUCGCUUUGCUAAUGCUUUUACCAGAGCCGAAUCGGGUACAUCUAGUGGACCGCUAAUACGCCAAAGUACUUUUUCAGCCAGUCCGGCCGCCUCGUCGACGGCUGCAAAGAGUGCUGUAGUCAAACAAAUGUCCGAAGUUGGAUUCGAACCAAAGAUGUCAUUGAAAUUCUCACACUACGCUAAAAUGUCCUUGAAACUACGUCGAUCUGCCCGCGGAGAUGAGGAGAAAACGAAACAGCAACAACAACAGCAGCAGCAACAACAAACACAAUCGAAUGAUAGCAAACGGCCCAGUUCAGAUUCAACGGGUACUUCAUCGGCUGGUGGCGGUAGUGGACAAUUGAAUAUUCAUGAAGGCAGCGGCGGUUCGGGUAGAGCAACACCUUUAAGCGAUAUACCGUUCGAGCUGGCCAAUGUCCAUUUCGAAAAGGUAGGUGAAUCCUAUAUCAAGCAUGAUAAGAAACUCGAGGAAGAACCAGAAGAUGGCGCUGAACAAGGCGAUCCUACGACCGAUAAUAUUUUAGCUAAUCUCGUGGAAGAAAUCAAUAAUUCUUUGAAAAUUUCUUCUUUAACCACCGAAAACUCGGGAGCGGUUCAUCAUUUUCAGCGUCGCUCUGAAAGUCGUGAACCCAUCGAACCGCGCAUUAGCGAAGAACGUGAAUCGGAUUCGAAUGAUUUGAUAAUACCGGAAGAUUUUCGUGCGGAAUUAGUUGAGAUUUUAAAGGGCUACAAAGAGGAACCGAUUUAUGUAAAUCUCAUAGAUUUGAAAAAAGAAACCGAAGAGGCGGAGGUGGCCGCUAAAAAGGCUUUAGAGGCGGCCACUUUGGGUUCUUCUCUAGAGAAGUCUCCUUUACAGUGUCCUAUUAUAGAAUUUGAACCGCCUUCUAGGCGUUCUUCUUUUGAUCCUCCCCGUUCACCUUUCUUAGAGACCUUACGCAGUCCGGGCGCUGAUACCGAUGUAAGUUUACAACGUUUAGAAUCGGGUGGUGAUAGCUUUGAAAUGGUGGAAGGCGAUCGCAAGUCCAGCAGGGCAGAAUCAAGUUUUGAUUGUCCCUAUUCCUCGCGUGAAACCAGUUUUGAUAUCUCACGCUACCAAUCCACCAGUUAUGAAGAUCAAUCUUCCAGUUUUGAAAUAGUAGAUAUGGAUGAAAAGGUGAAAAAGUCUAGUAUUGAUUUGAGAAAAUCUUCCAUAGAAUUAGUGGAUGCAGAGACUUUUCAAAGAAGCAAUUCCUCUAAUGGCAGGAAAUCUUCUUUGGAGACUCACUUUGAUUAUACCCCCUCCGAGGCUAGUGGUGCUGGCAUGGGUGUCUCCGGUAUGGGUUUGAGUACGGUUAGGUCCCCCAAUUUUCCCAUGACUAAGAAACAAAAGACCGAAACCUUUAGAUCUUUGCAUAUAUCACCCUUUAGUGCCUUUUCACGUGCACGCAGUCCUCUAUCCAAUCAAACUUCUUCGAAUUAUAGUUCACGUGAUAGCUACGACUCCAGUUCCUCCAGUGUGCCCCAUCAUGAGCCACCACAACGCAGUCCUUUUGCUGAUCCCAGUAAAAAACAUUUCCCCUUGACCAUCAAACAGAAAGAGGAAGAAGUUAAGACAUUCUUGUGCACCGAUCAAAGAUGUGCCUCGAUCUUUGAGCCACGACCCAGUUCGGUAUUGACACAACAAUUUUCCACCGGCUCUAUGUCCACACCCUCGGGUUAUGCCAAUGGCACACCCAGAGCUUUAAGUGCUGCUGGGGGUAGUAGUGCGGGCUGUGGGGGCUUUUCCUCAGGCAGUGAAUUUGAUCCGCCCUCUCCUAGACGAGCUACCAGUGCUUCACCCAAACAUACUUUUACUUUUCGUAUAGUCUUGAAAAAGGUGGACAGCUCUCCUGAAGCUUUAUGUCCCGAAAGACAUAGGAGUCGCAUAAUCGAUAGAUAUCGACGCAGAGAUAGUAGACGCAGGCGUUUACAAACUGUGGGCAAAAGUGUUUAGGACAAAUGGAGAAGAAUAGAGGAAUAAGUAGUUAAUGAAAUAUAGGUAAUACUGGGAAAGAUCUUCACUUAAGGGGAAGUAAAAUUUAGAGUAAAAUUAUAUAAUUAGGCAUUAAGCGAAAUUAUCAAACGAUUCUAAACUAAAGCUCAAGGUGUAGGUUAGAUAGAGUUUUAACAAAAAGGUUUUCUAAGCAGACAAUCUUUUUACUUUUCAUUUGGGAACCACCAGCAAAGAAACCAGGAAAGAAACUACAAAAAAGUCUGCCCGGAAAGUAUUAGUUAUGAAAAUAUUGAAACUAUUUAAACUUAAAAUAAAAAAAAACAAGAAAACACAAUUUUAAGGUUAAGGGAAAGUAAAAUAAACGUGUGGCAACUCUUUAAGAAAACAAAAGACAGAGUUGGAUAUUUGAAAAACUAAAAAAACAAAUGGUAUACGUUAUUUUGUUAACAAAUUGUGUUUUCUUUUCUUUUUUUCUAAAAAUUAAAAAAACAAGCGCCAUCUUAUGAUUGCAUAAACCCCCUCCCAUUUGAUAAUAAAAACAAUAAUUUUUUUCUUAAAAAAAAAACAAAAUCAUUUAAAUAUUUACAUAUAAAUGUGAAACUCCCUAUAAAAUCCAAGAACAAGCAGUUAAAUAAAUUUAAAUAUACAUCUUUUCCAUAUUUCAUAUUUCACAGUGUUGGUCAACUAAGAAGCACACUUAGGCAAACAAAAUAAUAACAACUAUGUUUUAGAUAUUUUUCUUCUAAAUCUAAAAUAAUUGUUUAAAUUAAUGUUUAAAUGUUUUAUGUCACCUAACUAGCACCAUUUAUAAGAAAACAAAUUCCCGUUUUAUAUUAAAAAAAUU